UGCGGAGAUUGUUCUGUGGUUCAGCCGUGACAGUAGCGCGGAGAGAACAGAGAUGAACACUUAUGAAGGCUGUGAUUUCCCUCACCCACAGUGAUCGGACAAAUUUCCGGAAUAUGGGACGGAAUCUGGGGACGUUCGCCGUGGUCAACGCCGUUUGGUUUAUAGGUGUGGUUGUAGGCCAGACCACACUCAUCCCCGCCGUGACAAACUCCACGACAGACGAGAAUGUAACUAUGACCACACCCAUGACCACGCCCAUUCCGCUAACCACCACUCCCGCGCCCUGCUCUGCCUUCAACAUCUCUACCUGUGAGGUGUGCUCUCCGGGAUCCUACUACGACAAUGAAACGCUGCAGUGCUCGUGCUGCCCCCAGUCGGGCCUGUGCCUCCCCGAGGCCUGCCUGCCCUGUGAGAGGGGCUUCUACCAGCCGCUCAGCGGCCAACUGCACUGCCAGCCCUGCCGCCAGGGCUCCUACAGCAAUGUUACAGGUAGCUCUGUGUGCCAGUCCUGCCCAGCUGGAUCCUACACUAACAGCACUGGUUCAGAGACCUGCAAGAACUGCUCCCCAGGUUUUUACUCAUCAGGGCCAAAUGCCACGUCAUGUGAUCCAUGUCCACAGGGAACGUUCUGCAAUUCCUCCCGGUGUCCUUUGUGCCAUCUCUGCCCCAUCGGUACAGAGUCCCUGCAGUCCGCAUCCAAAGACUGCACGCCCUGCCGCCCAGGCAUGCACAAGGCUGCCCGCCAGACUAUGUGCCAGAUCUGCACCAGCGGCUUCUACCAGCUCCGCUGGGGACAGGAAGCCUGCAACGUCUGCCCCGAGAACCACUACUGCCCCAGUCCAGACGUGAGCCCCAUCCAGUGUCCCAACGACGCCUUCUGUCCUGAGGGCAGCAUCGCUCCAGGGUACUGCAUGGAGACCUUCUUCCGCAAGGCCGGGGAGAGCUGUGAGCUGGCCCCUGUCACCAUCGCCCUGCUCGUCAUCGCAGGGGGAAUGGUGUUGCUGCUCAUGGUGUUGCUGGUCCUGCGGAGGAGGCGGGAGACGGACGGGGAGCUGUCGUUGUCGCGGGCGCCGCUGCUGCACAAAGACCGGCACCCCAGCCGCUACUACACCAUGCCGGGCGACACGGAGCCCGUCUACGCCGGCUGGUAACGGCCUGCAGAGCUGCUGGACUCUACUGGACAAACUCUACACACACACUCGCAUGCACAACACAUGGACACACACACACACGCUACACUCAUACACAUGCUACACUCAUUCUCUCACACACACACACGCUCAUACACAUGCAAUAGUAAUUCUCUCCGACACACUGCAUACACACUACACACACACACAUGCUACACUCAUACAUGUGCCAUACUCACAUACACACAUACAUACAAACACACACACACACUCUCUCCUCAUACGCAUACACACACAUGCACACACACUGGCACACACACACACUGACACACACACUCUCUCCUCAUACGCAUACACAAACACGCACACACACUCGCACACACACACACACACACACACUGGAGCCGCUGCCGGCCAUCUUCCUUCUUCAUCUCGGGGACACAGGACCACAAGAUCCGCUGAAGUGUUUUUAUUUAUUUUUUCUUUUUUGGUUUGUUUGUUGUUUUGUUUUUUCCCCCAUUCUCUCCCUUGCCAGGGAGUGUGAUGUGGAGCAAUAUCUUCAGUUUAUUUAUUUUUUGUUCAAAGCUGGAUCUUGCAGAGUGGACGCAGACACCUGUGCAUUGUCACCUGACCUCCUGAAUCGAGUCACCUGACCGCGGCUUUCUAGCCCCUUCUCCGGUGGAGUGUGCCUUCUGCCAAACGUGUCCAUGGCGAUUAUAACCUCAGCAGGACUCAUCUGCCUGUUCCCUGCGUUUCUGCGGUUCUUCACAGACUUUUGUUUUUGCAUCAUUCUUAUUCUCAGGUCUUAUUCACCUCUGUUGUGUGGGCAGGGUGCAAUCGCAGUGACAAUCGAAGACUUAGGCACACUUCAACACUUUCUGAGUAUUCUAACUCUCGCAGAAGCACAGGGAACAAUCAUGAAAACUUCUGCUCAGAUGACAGUGACCACCAGAGGGUGCAAUAUGUUAUAAUCUGUAUCAUACAUUACCAUGACAUCGCACUCAGUCUAUGUCCGCUCUUAUUGAUGUUUAUGACUGUUUAUUAAGAGCUUAUGAAGGUAUUAGAUAGUGCUUGUGAAGGCUUUUAUAUCAUUUCAUAAAGGAUCCUCCAUAAACCACUUUAUAAAAGACUGUUCAUAUUAAUUUCUUUCCAGCUUUAACUUCACACUGUUUUGCUUGUUGCUGUUUUUGACAAAUGCACAGAAAUAUUUUGUGUGGAUGGAAUGUUCACUUAUUCUCCAAGUGUUGUUGGAGUCAUUUUCCUGAAACAGUUUGAUUUGUGUUCAUUAAUCUGCAUUGCACAUGUCCAUGUUUCUUAUUAGAGACUUUGAUUUGUUUUAUUUAAUGAAGGACAGAUCUCCUACUAUGUUCAAAGUUCUGGAUGUUGAGCUGAAACCGGACCUUGCACUAUUUCCAUGUAAAAAAAAAGAAAAGAAAGCUAUCACAAAUAUACAAAUUUCCUCUC